AUGAACACACACAGAAAGGAACUUUGGGGGUCAAAAAGGAGGGGGCACCACCCAGAAGAGGUGAUGUCAAGGCUUCCCAUAGGCCUCUGGGCUGGGAUCCCUCUUGGAAAAAAGCUGCACAUGAAUGUGGUGGAGGGUUCUAGAGCAGGUCAGGCGUGGAAAAAGAAACCAGACAACGGGCCAGAAGUAAAGAAAGACCCAGAAGAACUGCCCCACAUGGGUGAUUUACCUGCCUCUUUACUGUGCGUCUCCCCAGUGGGGAGACGCUCACACCCUUUCUCUCCAGGCUGCUGUCUUUGUCUUUCUUCUGUCUAA